CUGCUUUUCUGUAUAGACAGUUCUCGAGACCAACGGCAGUAUGCCUCUGCCCCUCCGUCCCGUAUGUCUGGCCUGCCAGACUCGCGCCACCACCUUCCCUCGAUAUGGAUUGACCCCUCCGACAAUAGGGCAAUCUGCCCGCUCUAUGGCCACAGCUCGCAUGCGCCGUUCAGCAGCCCGGAUGGCUCUCUCGCCCAAUGUCGCCAAAGCUACGUUAAAGAAACCCCGCGCCGAUGAACGACGGGGUCCGUUUUCCGGAAUGAACCAGACCGAAGCUCGAAUUCGUGGGACGCCCCGCUCCAGAUCCCAGGCCGAGGUCAAGCGCUCUGGUAAUCCUGGAGAGACGAGCAGCAACAAAGAGAGUCCGUUAUACAAGGCAUUGAAGAUGCAAACUACCCUGUCACCGGUUCCAUAUGGGCGGAGAACGGCAAUCAAAGCAAAGCUUGCGAAUAUCACCAGUUUCGACCAGUUUCCAAUCCUGCCUGUCGUCCGGGAGUCAAUCUUCUCACAGGCUCUUCCUGGCAUGAUGGAUAUCACUCCGACUCCGAUCCAGCGUUUAGCGAUUCCGAGAUUGAUGGAAGAGCCAAACCAAAAGCAUAAAAAGAUGGUUGAUGAGUCUGAGGCAGACUACGAUCAGUGCCUUCUUGCGGCAGAAACAGGCUCGGGGAAGACAUUGGCGUAUCUAAUUCCAUUAAUCGACCACGUGAAGCGCGUAGAAGUUGAGGAUAAAAAGGAGGAAAAGCGCAUGGAGGCACUAAAAGCUAAAGAAAAAGAGGAGAGGAUGAAAAACCAGGUUUUUGAUGUUGAACCCGAAGUCGCUCCGUUGUCCAAUGCCGGCCGACCUCGAGUGAUCAUUCUAGUUCCAACAUCCGAGUUGGUGGCUCAGGUGGGCGCCAAGGUCAAAGCCCUCUCGCACACAGUUAAAUUCCGUUCGGGAAUGAUUUCGUCCAAGUUCACACCUCGCCGGAUCAAGAACGUACUGUUCAACCCUGCCGGCAUUGACGUCCUUAUCUCCACUCCUCAUCUCCUCGCAUCCAUCGCCAAAACAGAUCCGUACGUCCUCAGCCGUGUUAGCCAUCUGGUACUUGAUGAAGCCGACUCGUUGAUGGAUCGAUCAUUUUCCCCUACCACGACUGAAAUCAUCGACAAAGUCGCACCAUCGCUCAAAAAGUUGAUUUUCUGUUCUGCCACGAUUCCGCGGAGUCUCGACUCCGUUCUCCGAAAGCGUUACCCAGAUAUUACCCGGUUAACGACCCCUAACCUGCACGCUAUCCCCCGUCGCGUCCAACUCGGAGUGGUGGACAUCCAAAAAGAUCCCUACCGCGGCAACCGCAGUUUGGCCUGUGCCGAUGUGAUUUGGCAUCUUGGUAAAGCUGGUGAUGCGGAACCAACAGGGCCCUUUGAGUCGUAUAUGGAUCCUAGCAGCAAGGUGAAGAAGAUCCUUGUCUUCGUCAAUGAGCGUGAGGAAGCAGACGAAGUUGCCCAGUUCCUCCGAUCAAAGAGCAUCGAUGCUGUUUCUCUGUCUCGUGACUCAGAUUCCCGGAAACAAGAGGAGAUCCUGGCCGAGUUCACAGAAACCCCUCCUACACCAACAUCGGAUGAAAUUCUGCAAGCCCAGAAAGACCGCAAAGAACAAGAAGCUAUUCCCUUGAUUGAGCCGGAAUCAAAGCAGCCUGCCAACCAGAGCCCAUACCGACUAGCAAAUACCAAGGUGCUUGUCGUGACCGACAUCGCAUCCCGAGGUAUUGAUACUUUGGCCGUCAAGACGGUUAUCCUGUAUCACGUGCCACACACAACGAUCGACUUUAUUCAUCGUCUAGGUCGUCUGGGUCGUAUGGGUAAGCGCGGUCGUGGUAUUGUGCUCGUUGGAAAGAAGGAUCGCAAGGAUGUUGUCAAGGAAGUUCGCGAGGAGCAGCACAACGAAUGUAUCUUUAUAAUCACUCGCGAUCCCAAGGUGCCGGCUCAAUGUGAGGGAAUGGGAAGCGGACGCAAAAGCCAAUUGUAUGGGUAUAUGUUUCCGUCGGGUAUUGAGGAUGCGAUUGAUUUGACUGAGGCUUCCUUGGGGUUGGACUGA